CUCCUCUUCUUGUUCAACGUCCUUGCCCCUUUUAUUUUAAUUUGCAAUUGUCAUCUUCCAUUGGAAUUAGAUCCUAAAUGAGACCACCGGCUCCUCCUGGAGGUCCUGGGCCUGGACCGCCCGGCCCUCCUGGCCCCUUCUUCGGACCGCUUGGCGGCUUCUUCGACGGACUCUGCUCUGCUGUUUCUUCCUGUUUAUAUGUUGUAUGUUGCUGUUGGUUGAUACAAGAUUGUUUCAAUCCUCCUCCUCCACCACCACCUGCGCCUGGCCCUGCUCCACCUCCGGCACCGGCACCGGCACCACCAGCUCCGGUUCCAGCUCCUCCUCCACCUGUGCCUUUCUAUGCUCCGCCACCACCGCCACCGGGUCCUGGUCCGUGGGGCCCUCCUGGGCCUCCUGGGGGACCGCCAGGCGGUCCGCCCGGCCCUCCCGGAGGACCCCCUCCCUAUUAACCGGUGAAUACAUCUGGUUGAGAAUUUCUUGGGUCAAUUAGGGGUGUGUGUGUUUGCGCGCUCCUGUGAAGGGGUUUGCAUUUGUUCUGCAUAUCCUUCACAUUUAGGACUUGUGUACGAAUUUAAGUCUCGAAUUUGAUUAGCGAGGAAGGGACUGGUGCUGUGUGGUUAAUUAACAACAAAGCGGCAGCAAGUGUUGAAAGCGUUUUGUGAAUGUGACUGUGAGGGACAUUGCAUUACUACUCUAGUUUGAAUAAUAUGCUGUUAAUUAGCAUCGGAAA